UGGACGUCAGAUACCCGUCCACAGAUUUCGUCCACAUGAUUAAUUAUACCCACUAGAAUAAAUGGUAAAUAAUUAUAGAUUUUGAUAUCGGGUCUUUCCUCCACAUAAUAUUUUAGUGGACAUUUUUUUUAUGAUGCAGUGAUAUAUGUUCACCCUGGUCGACUUAACUAUUUUUUUGUUUUUGUUUUUAUCUCCCAGACAUUAUUAUGAGCAUUAAGCGGACAGCGGGGUGCGGCGUAUUUUUUUUUUUUUAACAAUUUUUCUUCGUAAAUGCAAAACGGGAGACGACGAAAUACGCAGUGAAGUGAUAAAAUAAUAAUAAUAAUAUUAAACAAUAAUGCACCGCUAUCUCACUAUAUACUCGUAAUGUUAUAUAGUCGCAUCGCCAGCCGCACGGUCCAUUUACACGGGUACCCAUCCAUAUAUUACAUUAUUAUUAUAAUAUUAUACAGAUACGCAUAAAUGUCCUACACCAUGUACUCAUCACGGUAAAUUAGUUCGAUUUUCCCGCAGAGAUCGCUGACGACGACGGUCAACAGUAAUAAUAUUACGACGAUAAUAAUAAUACUAAUAUGUUUUUCGAACGUAUAUUAUUAUGUAUAGGUAUAAAAAAAAAAGACAAAUUCAUUUCACGAAUGACCGUUCUUAUAUAAACGGCCGUAUCAUUCUACAUUAUAUCGCGUUGGUUUUAUGUAUAAGUAGUAGGUAUAUUGUAGGUGCCUAUAUAUUAUUAUAAGAUGCUCUUCUCCAGCAAAAAAACGAACGAGAAGAAAAACAUAAAAACGGAAGCCCCCCAAAAAAAAAAAAAAACAACUAACAACCGUUCGUUAUGAUUUUUUUUUUUUUACAACAUAUCUUAUAUAUCUAUUAUACAAAUAUAUACCUACAUAUAAAUAUGUAUAUCAAUAACACGUAACUUUGUAUCUAUACACACACACACUCGCGCGUGCGAAUAUAUUAUUAUGUUGAACGGACAGGGCCGUGAAAAAUGUCCAAUAUACUUCUAUCGGUAUACAACGGAAUUUUGUUUUUUUCGACACUCAAUAAGACACACAGUGAUGCGUUUACAUUGUGAACUAAAUAAAUUGACUAAUAUUUAUAUGAUGUUCACAUAUGUUGCGAUGGUGACGUGAUGUGGAAACGUCGAAUUUAUAAUUUACUCGGAUCUAUAAUAAUGUGUAGUAUGUACGUAGAGUAUACAUUUUGUAAACUUGAUAACUUAAUAUAUACCUUUAGCAUUAUAUCGUUUUAUAAAUGACAGUAAAAUUAUACGUCAAGAAAAAGAGGUAGGUUUCUAUGAGAAAUACGGGUAAAUAAUAAAUAUAUUAUACAGUUGCAGGCUUUUGAAAUAUGAUACCUAUUGUAUAGUUUUAUGAUUACUUAUUAAAUGACAUCGUAUACGAUAUUUUAAUUUUCAAGUGCAUUUUAAACUAUUGAUUUUUUGAGAAAAAUGUUUGAUUUCAAACGUAUACUCGAUGGUAACGUAUUACGACGACCGCAUUACAUUAAUACGUCUAAAAAUUCAAAAUUUCAAUUGACACAUUUCUAUUGUUACGAUACAAGCAAUAAUAAUGGUAUUAAAAAUGUUAUGGUUACUAUAUAACUCGCGGAAUAUACGUAAAAGUAUUCAAAUUUACUAAGAUAAUAUUUAGAUGACUUAUUUAAAUGUGUAGGUAUAGGUAUUAUACUAUAAUAUAUAUAAAUAGGUAUUUUAACCUUUUGAAAAUGAACAAAAGUUUAGAUGUAUAUUUAAAAAAAACCGUGGUUGAAUUGUUAUAAUCAAGCAUACAAUUAUAUUUUAUAAAAUUCGAAUCAAAAUUUAAAUUUUAUUAACAAAACUCCGAGAUAGGAAAAUUCGUAAUAUUUGUAUAUAUAAAUAAUGUAUAGCAGUAAAAAAAAACCUAUUAUUUCCGGUAAAUCUUUAAAUAUGUGUAUUUAUAACGGUUUUUUUUUUCAACAAAAAUAAUAACAAUAAUAUAGUAUAUAUAUUAUAUUUAUUAUCAUUUCGAUCACGUCCAAUCGUUUGCCAGCCACUGCUGAAUACAUCUCGUUUGUAGACGUGAUACGCGGUACCUAUGUCAUUAUUUCCAGAUCCAUAUUGACGGUCACCUACUGUAAACUCGUAAAAAACGUUGAAGAAUCUAUUUAUUUUUUUACCUUUAUACUUGUCAUUAUUAUAAUAACACAAAAUAUUUAACGUUUUAUAUUUUAAAUUCACUACUGGUUAUUGUUUAACCACAAGGCUAUGUUAGGUUAGGUUAGGAUUUUCUACGAUUUGCUUGAAUCAUUGAAAUCAAAAAAAUAUCGAUAAUUAUAGUUGGUUUUUAUUUAGUUAUAAUUCGCUGCAAAAAUAUUUCAUGUUUCGAUUUCAUAUUAAAAACUAGUGGUGGGCACUUCCGAACAAUUUAUAAUUUCAUACUAUCGAUAGUUUUCGAUCAUUUGAACAAACUAUUAAACGUCGAAAUGUUUCAUUGGAAUAUUUUUUUUUGCAUGGCCGAAUAAAAACUAUCGAACUACUAAUAUAAAAUUAUUUGAAUCAUUUUCAAUAUUGAUAUUAAUAUUAACAACGUUUUAAUUAUAGAAAUCGUGAUUUUUUCGUAUGAAAUAUAGUGUGUGUAAGUAAGUAAAACAAAGACGCGGAUGUGGUCAACGUGAUGUCCUCUAAAUAGCUAAACAUUUUAUGAGAAAAUUAAUUCGAAAAUAUUAUUUCAUUUAUUCUUCAAACCUGAUCAGACUUUCUAAAAAAACUUAUUCAUUUUCAUGUUAGCCCAAUUAUUAGUUUAUUGCCAGAAUUACAAUAACAAUUGUGAUUAUAGCUAGAAUAAUAUGUAUAAUUUUUAAUUAUUUGACGCUGUAAUACGACUGCAAUGCGUAAUGCAACUAUUAUGUAUGCCUACAAAUAAUGUGUCCUAAAAUAAAACUAUGUUUCUUGAUAUAUUUAGCAGUACCCUACAGACUGCAGUACUAAAUUAAAUGUUUUCGGAUUAGUGACCGGACUAGGUAGUAUAUUAUAAUUACCUACUCUAAAAUUAAGAAUUUAUUGGAUGCAGUAUAAGUAAUAAACUGUCUGGCUAAAAAACGAAAAAUGUUUAAUACUCACGAAAGAAUCAAAAUAGUUACAAUAAUACCUAUGUACCUAGUUCACUGUUCACUAUUUGCGUAUAAAUUAUAUCUUCCAUAUAUAGAUAGUAAUUUAUCUUAUACUUUAUACACCUAAAAUUCUUAUUUAUACAUUUCAUAUUUUUAUCACCAUGUCAUUAUUUAUUUAUUUAUUUAUUUCUUAGGCACCUUCACACAAGAUAACAUUAUUAUAUAUGUCAUGAUUAUAUGAUAGGUACGAAAUUAUAAUAACUUACCAUCAACAGGAAUUAAAUAUGAUAAGCUAUCGUAAACAUUUCGCAAAGCUCAUAAACCAAUAAAAAUGUAUUUUUCAUAUUUUAUUUUAUAGUCAUGAUGUUCAUCACACAAAUACGGUUUGCGGUUUUUUUAUUAUAAAAAAAUGCUAGAAUCAGCAUCACUAACUAAAUGCAAUCUGCGUAUGCAUAUUAUUAGAAUACCCCCAUCAUAUAAACUUAAUGAUGUGCUCAACAAUAUUCGUUUAGAAAGGGAUCCGAAUGGUGUCAGAAGUACUUUUUUUAAAAACAUUAUGGAACACACAUUUACUUAUGAUUGAUAUACUUAAAUCAUUUUUAUAUUUGUAUCAAUAUUUUAAGACAUUAACCAUCAAUGUAGCUAUUCGAAAUAAUUAUACAGUUCUUUGUCCCAAUCAAAAGAAAAAAUUUGUUUAUUUCAACCGAAUUUCCGAGUACAAAUGAAUUUCCGUGUACCUAUACCUAUAAGUCAUAAGUUAGGUUACCAUUUACACGGUUUAAGCAAAAAUUUGAUUUGAUGUGGUGUGGUAUAAUCAUAUUAGUGGCGUGACAGAUAGAGUAACAAAUUAAAAAGUUUUAAGAAGAAAAUUUGGUUAAAUUCUAAAAAAUAUAAGGAAUAAUAAUAAUUAUCAUAAUUAUUGAAGUUGAUUACUAAAGGAUACAUACAUAGAAGGUAAAAUUAGAAGAGGAAAAAUAAUGAUCAAAUAUUUUCAUAAGUUCUUUAGGAAACGAGAAUGAAAAGUUUCUAUGAGUUGAAAGAAUUGAGUUUUGACUGAAAAUAUGGAGAGCUGUAUCCAACCAAUCGAAUGAUCGAAAGCUAGAAGAGAAACAAAGAUAAUAAACAUUGGAGGUAUCGACAAAUAGUUUUUUUGUCCGCCCAAAGUUUGAAAAAAAAACAACAUAAAUGCAAUAAUAAUAUUAUUCAUUACCAUUUUUACAACGACUGUUGGCUCAACUUAAUACAUAUAAAAUGUUACUCAUUGUACCUAUAUAAUAUGGUAGAUUUUUUUUUGAAUCAAAGUAUGCUUUAUACCUAAACAAAAACAACUGGGUCUAAAACAAAUAUUUAUUUUAACAUUAAUAUAGGUACGAUUAGUAUGUUACCUAUUCAAUUUUAUGCGGUUUAUUAAUUAAAAACAAAAAAAAAACCCCAUUGACUUCUAUUACGAUUUUAAAUUAGUUUCGUGCGAAACCGGCAUUGCUUUAUAAAUUACUUGGAUUGUAUGGGUACAUGAUUAAUUCGUUCGUAGUCAUAGAACCACAAAUAAUCGAUUUCUUGUCCAAAUAAAACUUGGCUUUAAAAUAUUGUUUAAAGGAUUUUUUAUGAACCGUGAAUAAAUUAACCUGAGUCAUCGUUCAUUAUUAUAUCUAUCAGCAUAUUACAAGUGCAAAUUAUAAGUCGAGUAUUUUUAAAGAAAUUAAUAUUGUUUUUUCCGAUUUAGCACUACCACACCUAUAGAUAGCUUAUUUUAUUUAAAUUAUAUUUAUUGAUUAAUAUACUAAUAUUGUUUGUGCCAAACUCACGAGUUUGAGUAUCGGAUAUUAUUUUUCUAUAUUCAUAUGACGUCGAACGAAACAAACGUACGAGUCGAUUAUUUUUAUUGGGAAAAUGUACUGUAGGGCAAUUUAUAUAAUAUAUUAUACACAAUUGCAGACUGUAAUUAAGGUCAACAAUAUAAUCUCGUAUUUUACGUAUUAUACAUCGUGACCGUAACAUUUAAAACGUUUAUUAUGCUUUAGGUUAUAAACUAGACAUCCGAAUAAGACUGUAUACGAAUUUACAUUUUCAAGUCCUCCAAUAAUAAUUAUUAUUAUUACUACACGUUCCUCUUAUAUAGGUACGGGUUAGAUAUUAUACAGUAGGUAUGUACACUGUAUAUUAUUUAUAAUAUCAUAUUUUGAUGGUUUAUUUAUUUAUUAAUUUGUUGACUUAUUUUUAUAUCACAACUGGAGUACCUAUUUUAAAUGUAUCGCUUUCGAUAAACAAUCACAGCUCUAUAAUAUAUAUUCCAUAUUAUAUUGAUUAGUGCUGUACCUAUACAAUUUUUUGAGCAUUUUUUCACCUUCAAUAAGUGUUUUAUGCAAAAUAGCACAAUCAUCGUAUAUAACGAAUACAGUUUCUUCACGUCGAUCAAAACCCCACGAAAUUGAUUAAAGUCGAAACCUUUAAAGAUUUUUUAUUAUUUACGUAACUAGGCAUUCUUAUUUUAUUUUGUUCUUUCAGUAGAUAAUGGGCUCCUCUGAGCAAACUCGUGUGAGAAGUCAUGAAAUCUUAUCUAUUUUAAUCACAUACUAAUAAAUAAAAUAUAUAUACAAAUAUAAUAAAUACAUAAAGUACAUUUAAAUAGAACAGAUUAGAAUAUAUUUGACAUAACACGUCAUAGAUACUACAAUAAUAAUAUGGGAGCAAUUCAAGAUGUUAUAGAUUCAUACUUUAAAGUUCAAAACAAUGUAAUACAAUAAUACUGAAAAAUAGCAAAUUAAUAUUAUAGAUACGUGUUAUAUUUAGAUAGACUAUUUGGUCGGUCCCGAAUUAAAUUGAAUUAUCGCCUCACCUAUGAAAUUCCCGGUACUGAUUUAUCUAAACAGCAUAUACAAUUUAAAAGGUUUUACUCUGCAAAUCGAAAUAAAAUUAUUAUCAUGUCAUAUCCGAAAAGAAACAUAGAAUUUUCUACAAUAUUAUAUGUGUGAGGUGAUCAAUCUAUCGUAUGACACUCUUUAUCUCAGACAACAUUAACAUUUUCGAAAUUUGUUUUAAAGAUUAUUUGAGAACAAGCUAUUCUAAAAAGUUUUAACAACUACAUUUUUUGGCACCCUAAUUUUUGAGGGUGAAACUACUACCUACUUUUGAUUUUCAAAUGGCGACUUAUGUUUAAAAUUCCAAAAAUAGAUGGAGUAGUGUUAAAAUUUGUCAACCCGUUGACGAGAUAUUCAACUUUUAAUUUUGGGUCUUUAUGUGGCGGCACAGUGCGUGGAGUUUUAAGAAUAUACCGAACCAAAAUUAAAAGUGUAAUAUAACGUCAAGAGUUUUACGGAAAUUAAAAAUUUAAACACCGAAAAUUAUUUUAACUACUACUGAAUCUAUUUAUGGAAUUUUUAAUAUAGGUUGUCAUUUUAAAAUCAAAAGUGGAUAAUACUUUCACCCCCAAAAAUUAGGGUGACAAAAAAUAACAUAAAUGUACAAUUAUAGAGCUGCAUGUUUCUAAAAUUGUUUAAAAAACAAAUGUCGAAAAAAGUUAAUACUUUUCGGAUAAGGAGCGUCUUAUGAUAGAUUGAUCACUCUAUAUACAAUUAUUUCUAAGAUUGAUUGUUAGGUUCCAAUUGCAGCGAGGAAUAUAUUGAUUUUACAAUAAUGUUUUUUUUUGUGAACAACUUUUCUACCAGAAAUUUUGAUUCGAUUUUCAGGUGUAGAACUUUUUCUGUUAGAAAAUUUCAUUGGGUGGUAAUUUAGGAGGUGAUUUUUUUAAUUUGUCAAGAAAUUUUCAUAAUAAAUGUGAAAACCGGGAAAAAACGUUAACAUGAAAAUUUACAAAAUAUAUUAUUUUUAAUUCGUACAUAUUGCGGCCUUUAAAAAUAUGUAUAACCGAACUCCGCUCAGAAUCGUUUUCCGUUUUCGUGUUUAUAUGACGGUCUUGCUUAAAACUUGGAAACAUUAAAGUAUAAAAUACACAACAUAUGUUGUAUAUACAUUAUACAUAAAAAUUAGUGUUACGAUAAAAUAUAUUAUAUAUUACGUUAUUUUAAUAUUUUAAUUUAUACAUUAGCAGUAAAUGUAAUAUAAUAUGUAUAUGUAUAUAUAUGUAUAUAAUAUGUACGUAAUAAUAAUAUUAUUAUAGUAGGAAAUAACCGAAACAGAUUCAUCGUUAUUAGGCAAUUUUUAUAAGUGUAUGUUAAAAUGGGGACUAACGGAGUAAAAAAAAGUAACUGUAUACGAUACAUACACUAUUAAAUGUUAUAAAACAAAGAUAUUUUCUAGAAAAAAAAAACAAUGUUUGUAUAAAAAAAUGUAUUGUUUUAUGUUUUUUUAAUAAAACAAUAUAUUGCGAAUUUAAAAAUAAGCAUGUUAAUUUGUAUUCUAUACAAAUUGUUUGGGUAAUAAAAUAGUUGAAUAGUAUUAUACCGUAAUGAACGUUAUUUUUAUACGGAUUACAAUAAAUUACUCUACAGGCUAAAAUGUACGUAUAUUUAUAAAAUAUACUUGUUUCUAUGAAUAAAAAAAAUAAUUUCAAGUAUUUAAUGCAUAAAAUGCAACAAAAUUAUACUUCUAAAAGCGCAAUUAUAUUUUUGAAGAGUCACAUUCUAGAAAUAUUUCGCCAUCAAAAUGCUAAGUGCAUAUUUACAUAUUUGUUACAUACAAUAAGAAAUCUGACAUAUAGGUAUUAUUAAAAAAUUGAAAAUAAAGCGAAUGUAAUUUUUUUGUUAUUUAUUUAUUGUUUAUUUAACAUUAAGAAUGUUGCAAAUAUUUGAAACAAUGUAAAAUAAAAACUAGUUAUACCUAAAUAUAAUUAUAAUAAUAAAAAAUUGUUUAACAGGAUAAAUGACAAAUCUUAUUCAAAAAUAGAAAUUACGAUUCUAAAAUAUCGUAUUAUAUUUUUGUUUUUUUUCCUAUUCGUCUGCGAACCAUUUAAAAUUGGUCUGUUGGUUGCCAUUUGGUGAGCUCUGGUAUAAUAUUUAAAAAAGGAAAAAAUACCACCCUAUUAUUUUUUAAUUUAAUUUAAAAUAAUAAACAUUGAAUAACAUUAUGCGAGUGAGAGUUUAAUACGCUAUAUAUUAUCUAAAAAUUAUAAUGAGAUAAAAUAAAUUAAUAAUAUUCCGUUAGUAAAAAAUAUUAACUUAUAUCAUAUUAAUUAAAAUUAAUAAAAUAAAAACGAAUUGUUUCCUAUUAACAGUUAUGGUAAAGAACGCGUACACUUAACCGCGUUAAUAUUAUGUGAACUGAAUAUGAACGAAUUCAAUUUUCAAGAAAUAAAUUUGAACGUGAACUAAGUUUUUAUUUAUUAUGAACUUGAACGUUUUUGGUUCGUUCAUUGACGAAUUAACUUUAAUAGUCCAUAGUCAUAUUUAUAACGUUGAAUUUAUGUAUUCACAUUAGAGAAAAAACUCAAGAAAAUUUAAAUUUCUUGCAAAUACUUUUUAUUAGGUAUCAAAAAAAAACAACUUUCUGUAAAAAUAAAAUUAUAAAAUACCGUGUUCCAUGGUUGAAAUUUAUGAUAGUUAACCGUUUUACAAAUUGAUAUCAAACAAAUACCAUUUUAUAACAUGAUGUCACUUAACACUGUAUAUAAUUUAAUGGACUUGAAUCAGUUCAUAUUUAAUAUCUGGAACUUAAAUUUGAACUAGUUAAUUUUGAAAAGUAACUUUCCCAUCACUGCCUAUUGAUUAAUAAGCACUAUUUCCUCUCAUGUUUACAGUUCAACAGGUAUAAUAUGUUAUACACCUACUAAAAAAUCAUAAUAUGUAAUACUUAUUAAAAUUUGAUUCUGCUAGGUGUAACACUGUCAGUGGCGUAGCCAGAGAGAGUUUUGGGUGUUGUAACUCCCUACACCAUUACUUUUUGUUGAGCUUUGGUAAUUAAGGUUAACAAGGUUGUAGACCAAUUGUUUUAACCCAAAAAAACCAUUAUAUUAUUAUUUUUUUCAUGGGAAAAACCGAUUCUUCAAAAAAUAAUCUUAAAACUUCGAUUUUACAAUAAAAAAAAUAAAACAUACGCGAAUGUUUAGUGACUUUUAAACAAAAUAUAAAAAUAAUUCGGUUGACUAGUAAGUACUAUAUAUUUCACACGACGAUAUAGUCAUUCUACCGAUAUAUACUGUUUUAUUAUUAGUUGUAAACGAUUCAGUUUGAAUCACAUAUUAAGACGGUAAAAAGCAUGCAAUUUAGAUUUCAUUAUUUAUACAUACUUAUAAAAAAUUUGUCUCUCUAUAAACAAUCGGAGUUCACAUGGGAAUCAAUGACGCGUGAGGCGUACUAAAAUAAAAACGAUACAUUUUUUAAUGCGUAUUAUACCUGUACCGUAAAAUCUAUAAGAUUGGUUAAGUUCAUCGGCAUUAUUUCAAUUGUUCCUAUCGAGGACAGGAUAUUAUAAAAAUAUGCUGCAUUGUUUACGUAUUUGAUUAUACUGAAAAUACUGAUUAAAUAUAAAUUUACAUAAUGUUGAAAUUAUAACCAUUCUCUCUUAUAUUGAAAAUAAUUCUGUCUUAAUUAGAUUUAACAUUGAAUAAUAUUAUAUACAAUUUGCAUACAUUCAUAUAACAUAAUUUUUAGAUAAAAUUACAAAAAAACGACGAUGGGGUGGAUCGAAACCCCAUAUCUGUGUAUUUAUGCACCAUUGAUGGUAGCUACGUACCUAGAUAUUACCGAAUAACGCACGUCCACUUAAAUACCCAAGUUAGCAGUAUUCGCUAAAUAAUUUAAAUGAUUUUUUCGGGGUUUUUUUUUUUUUCAGAAAGAACAUCUCAAAAAUAUUGAGCCUAAGAGAUUCGAAGAAGUAUUUUCGCAGUCGAUAGACGAUGAAUAACAUGGUGAUGCGUACGUGCGGGGAUUACGGAGGCGGUUUUAUAGACUGUUACGCGCAGAAUGGCGGCGGAGGUGGUCAUUUUUAUGAGAGCGUCAAAAACGGGCUGGAAAGUUUUCGGUUGCGUGAUGACUAUUCCGCGGGAACGGCAGCGGCGAACGUGACAGCGGCAGACCUAUUGCUCAACGACGACACCAGUUCGAUAGCGUCAAAAAAACGAAUAGACAGCCUGUUCAAGACGACCGCGUCCGUAGCUGGUGACGAAAGUGUAAAACGAACUUCCGGACGCGAUGUCGCCACUGCAAACCGACUGACCAAAUCGUUGACCGCAGACGAUGAACAUUACCACGGUGGCGGUGCAGACUAUUUCGAUUACGGUUACGCCGCCGACAACAAUAACAACAAGAACACGGUUCAAGAAAAGAUCGAAAAAAUGUUCGCCGAAAUUAGUUCCUCGGAACUUGACACCGACGUUUCCAUGGAAUCGGCGGCGACGGUCGGUUGCAACAAGUACCACGUCCAAUACAUCGGAUGCGCCAGUCUUUCAGGAAAAAUAUCGUCGCUAGAGGGACUUCAGCAGCCGGUUCGAGAUAUGUAUUUCGAUUACCGGGAAAACCAACACCUGCAGCAUUACCGAGUUGAAAGCCAUCACGGCGGGGUGGGCGAAGGUCCAGUAAAUAAGGGGCACAACUUCUCAGGACUGCUAGAGAUAUCGGCGGUCGGUUUAACCAUCCGGUACAGGGACGAGGCAGGAGACAUGGUGCAUCGGAUAGAUCCGUUUCCUUCGAUCGCUGUAUGGGCGGCCCUGAAGUACGUGUGCCGCCGACGAUCUCCACCGCCGUCGCCGCAGCAUCGGAGGUCCAAUGCCGCCUGCACUUCCUCUGUAGGUUACGAGUAUGCUUUUCUACCGUUGAUCGCCGAUCCCGACGGUUCGGACAAAGCUCCUUUGUUCCGAGACGUGGACGCCGGCGACCGGGCCAGACUGGACGCAGCUGGUGACCACGCACCCGUAUUCGCGGUGGUUACGCGCAAGGCGGGGAAACGGUUGGAGUGUCACGGGUUUGCAUGCGAAACAGAAAACGAUGCACUAAUGAUGGCGGCCAACCUGUACGGCGCCCUGGUGGCGGCCAUGUCGUCGGCAGCGGCAGGUGCGGUGCAAACGGGAGUGAAUAAUAAUAAGGACGAUGCGGACGAACGACGAGCUACAUCACCGGUUAUGGCCCGACGAGUCAUCCGACAGCGCAACGGAUUCACGAGUAUGAGUAGUACGGCCGGGUCGAGCGUGGGCGGCGGUGACGUGGCACCCGCACUGCCACCACCCCGUCCACCGCGUAGAAACAAAAAGGCCGCGUCGUCUACAACUUCGUCGGUGGGCCGUGGUGGCGGGGACGGUGACGGGACGUCGGUGAUCGGAGCCGACGACGGUGAUGGCGUCUGCAGUGACGCUAAAACGUUCCGGAUGACCAUCGGAGAGCCUCCGUCUCUUCAGCGUGGAGUGUGCAACAGCAGCAGCUCGUCGGCGGCAGUGGCGGCGGACGUUCAGCAAUCGUCAGCCCGCUGUAGAGAUGAGAAGAAAAUCAAAAAACAUUCGAACAACGGCGGUGGUGACAUUCUCACCAAAGUAGCCAUACCCAGAAGUAAAAGUUUUCUAAACUCAAACGGGUUGGCGUCUACCAAGUAUUCGAGACGUGCCGCUGGUUGUGGUAUCGAAACAGCCGCAGUGGAUCGACGUCGUCGCCGGAGCAAUGGCAGUAGCGUCAUGGGCUUCUCAGACAUGUUCAACGAAUUACGCCUGCAAGAAGGCUUGAACAAUAUGGACGAAAUACUGAACGCUAUAAUCAACGUGGAGGGUAUGUCGUACAACGACCUCAAGCCUAUCUACAGGGAGUUUCUGAUCAAGUUGGCCAUGACGCUCACUAAAGACGAACUGUACCAGCGGACCAAAGUUAUAAUGACGGAACAAAAACGCAAACGGAACAAUAAGCGUCGUAAGACUCCCGCAGUACCGUUGAAAUCGGCGGGUCGGGGUCGUCGACUGAACGAAAAGUUGCGGGACGCUUUAAACUUGCGGGCGGCCAAGUCACGAAUCGGUGCAGUAUUAUUGCCGGGAUUUUGUAAGCGCAACAAGCGCAACAGCACUGCACCAUCAUCCCAUCAGAAACAACGGCGAUGUUCGUGUUCUGUGAUCGGAUCCGAUAUUAUUUCGACCGCACGAAAGUCUGCAGAAUGCAGGAAGAACCAACGGCGGAACGGAAAACGGCCAGUAGGCGCGGCUCUCAAAAGCCGCCGGCAACAACGUAGCGCAUCAUCGCCUGUCUGCAGCACUUCGGACGACAGUGAUUUUUUCGCGGUCGCGGCGUUACGGCAAAGACAGCACCUGGUUCAGCAGCAGCAACAGAAGCAGCUGCAACAGCAACAGAAGCAGCUGCAACAGCAACAACAACAAAAACAAAUGUAUAGAAAGUCCAAAGCACGCGUCAGCAAACGCACUGGCAGCAGUGGUUGUGGUCGAGGGACGACUACUGCAACCACGUCCGAAGGAGGUUGUUUACAUCAGGCGUCCAGUGGUUACUUUAGCUGUUCCGAAUGCAGUGCCGGGACGGCGGACGACAAAUGUUAUUGUGGCGCCGGCGGAAUAGGGGACGCGGAGCCCGCGUCUCUAGUGUCGUGCAGUUGCGACUCGGACAGCUGCGCGGAUAGCGACAAGUGUUAUUGUGGUCGUCUACGGCGUGCACGGAACAUAUUCGACGAGCUCAAGAGUCGCGGAUUCGCGGCAUCCGAAUCGAGUGUGUCCCGGGCCGACUCGCCGGGUACCGCGUGGAAAAAAAACGAACAGCUGCUGCUCCAACAACGCGGCCACGACCCGAGCUGCAGCGGCGGCCCGGGCGGAGGUUCGUCUUCGGCGGCCACCGGCAUUGGUGGCGGUGGCGGUAGCGGUAUCGAACCGUCCAAGAGCAUUGAGUAUUUAAAAGUGACGCGACGGCCACUGCCAGUCGACCAGCACUAUUCGAGUGUCACUAAACCCGCCGUUGACUGUAGUCGGAUGAAAGUGUACGGCGGUGGCGGCACGGCUGACUCGGCGUCUACGGCGGCUGGUUCGUCGUCGUCUCCGUCGUCAUCCCUAUCCGCGGCCACCGUGUACUCGUCAUCGUCCGCUGUUGAGGGCGGCCAUCACCAGCACCGAAGACCGCAGGGCCGCCGCCGGUCCGGCUCUAGCGGUUCGGACAACUUUCGCGCCAUCGACUACGCGCUGUUCGCCAACAACAGCGGUGUGGCCGCCAUUACCGCCGCAAAGAAGUACUAUCGUGCCGCUGGGUGUUUGCCGCCAGAUGGCCGACGGCGUGCCGCGGCGGUCGAUGCCAAUGCCGCAGCCUUCUCUAUGAACAGAUCGUACAGCUCCGAAGCGGUACACAACAUGACCAGCUACAGGGUGUAUCAUCACAAUCCGCACGGGCAACCCGGCAAGAUUAACGCAGCCAGACGACACUCCGUCCACGACGGCGGUGACGACGUCUUAGCGUCAUUUUUCUGUUCGGACAUUGAGCACUCGUUGGGUUACUAUCCGUGACAUCGCCGUGAGACCGUUAAGCAGACCGCGCAUUAGAAAAUCGAAAUUUGUUCACGCGAACGUCUUAAUGACGAGUUAAAAUUUCAAAAUCUUAUGACAGUAGUCUCUGAAAAAUGUAAAAAAUAAUAUUUUGAAAAUAAUUUAUAAAUAUGUUCAAAAAACCGUAUAACUAUAACGUACCUAUAAUACUUACAGAAAAACGACGUAUUUUUACAAACCGAAAUAGCGAAUUUUUCUAUUUUAAUAGAGCGAAAUUAGUCGUGAUUACGAGUACAAAUACGCUUUCUUUUAUUAUGAUUUUUAUCAGUUUCGAUUUGUCUUCAGUCGCUGAUUAAGCGAUUUUAGUUUUGCUUUUCUAGUGCGCGGCGGGCUUUCUUCGAUUUACGCGCAAUCGUUUCGAUUUGAUUAUUAUUUAUUAUUAGGUAUUAUGAUAUAAGAUAUUAUACUUUACGUUAUUCUAUAUUCAAUGCACCCAC